AGAAUGAGAGACGAGCGGGUUGAGGACCAAUCGUGUUCACAGUAGUCGCGUCCGUCGUGAGAGUCGACGAAGGAAACAUGGCUGCAGGUUGUUGUGGGACGAAAAAGCAAAAACUGAACAACUCAUCGAGUGUGCCAUGCAAUGGUUCGGUAUUACAGAAUGGAACACAACUGAGAAAUGGGCUGAUCGUAAAACCAGAAAUGGGCUUCUUUUGCUUUGAUGUUUUGUAUUGCCAACUGCAUCAACUUGACCCUCCAAAACCGCCCAGCUUUAGCAACGAAGCUUUCCCAUUGUUUGUUACAUGGACAAUAGGAAAAGAUAUGAGGUUGAGAGGCUGUAUUGGUACAUUCAAUGCAAUGCAAUUACAUGUUGGCCUUCGGGAGUAUGCUACAACCAGUGCAUUCAAAGAUUCACGUUUUAAUCCUAUAACACGAGAAGAACUUCCACGCUUACACGUAAGUGUCUCAAUUUUGAGACACUUUGAGGAUGGUGUUGAUUAUUUAGAUUGGGAAGUAGGUGUCCAUGGAAUUCGUAUAGAGUUUCAUAAUGAGAAGGGUAAUAAGCGGACUGCUACUUAUUUACCCGACGUUGCAACUGAACAAGGAUGGGACCAAAUACAGACGAUCGAUUCAUUGUUGCAUAAAGGUGGUUACAAAGGAUUAGUCACUCCAGAUAUUAGGCGCAGUGUGAAGUUAACACGAUAUCAAAGUGAAAAAGUUACUGUAAGCUAUCAGGAAUACAUGACACACUGGCAUAGUCGAAGAUGCUAGCAGCUGGCUUGGGGUCCUAAUCAAGGGCCCCAAUUAUUUCAAAAUUCCAUUGCAGUUCACUGUAAUACAGACAGUCCUCAUUCUUCUAAUUUACCAUACAGUAAUACUCAAAACAGUUCUUAUGUAAGCAAUCCACAAGCUGGAUUAACGAUGACACAACGUAAUCAUCCUACAUCAUUCAUACAUCCCCUACCAAUGCCUCCUAUUUCUCCAGUUAUGGUUCCAGUAUGGGAUUAUUCAUCACUUUGGUGGGAUCAAACAGGUUCACCAUAUCCUCCUUUAAAUCCACAAGUACAUCACCCUCCUCCUUGUGUCCAUCGUUUUUCAUCACAAGAACCUGCAGAUCGUGGGGUUCGCAAACGAAAAUGACAUUGGAGGCGGCUACUGUUCGCAAUUUUUCAUUGUUUAAAGUGGUGCCUAUUGUACUUUGUAUGUUUCUACAUACAUUGUUUUCCUUUUAUGAUACCACAAAGUCCUCCUUAAGAGCAGACAAGCUUUACGUAUGAUGGCACUGUUUUAUUCCUUCAACACUUUUUACAUAAUAUAUAAAUGAAAAAAUUUACAUGAAUUCUUAUGUAAAUAAAUUAUGAGAUAUUCUGGAAACAAGAAUUCAAAUUUUAAACGUGUAUUUAAAGUAUAAUUGCUUAUCUACUUCAAUCCGUUGAUAAAUCUAAUUAUAAUAAAAGAUGUACAGUUCUAGCUCAGCCAUCAUACUUAUCACAUGUCCGUUAACGCUAAUGUCUGCAGUAUACGAGUGACGUAAAAAAUUUCAUAGCACAGUGAUGCUGCCUGCAAUUCACUGCCUGCUACACAAGAUUUAAUGUACAAAUUCAUGGGAAAAUGUGUUUCUAUUAUACCUAUACUACAAUGAAUAUAGGAUAUCAUUCUUAGAUUUACAUAUAUGAAUAUUCAAAUAAAGGGUGAACGAAUAUAGAUUUUCA